AAUUUUCGGGUCUCCUGAAGUAUUUGUCUUCUAAAACCACGACGAUGGCGAAUGCUGAAUUCCUGUCGCUUCCUGCAGAGCUGAUAUGUUACAUUUUACUUUUCCUCACUCCAAGAGACCUUUGUUGUUGCGCAAUAGCAGUUUGCUAUUUCCCAUGGCUCUAAGGUACCCACAGGCUGACUUCUGUUGAUGCCAGACCUGCACAACCUUGAGAGAUGCGGCUCAAAAUUCUGUGCGAAUUCAACACAAGCUCGAGCUUUUUGCUCAGGGCUUUAUCGAGACCACCACCCCUGGCCAGGACUCAAUUGAUUUUUUCAAAAAGAACAAUUUACUGAAGAAAUCGGCAUUCACGUCGCGGUCUGACUUCCAUAUGAACACUGUUUUUCAAGAAUCAGUGCCUGCUGCGCGUGCCGCUACCAAGGAGACGACACAGUCCAUGAAGUGUGGGCUCUGGUGGAUGUCCACAGAGAGCGAUCUCUUCAUUCGGGAGUGCAACACAAAUACUACCCGGAUAUGGCCCAACCACAACCCCUUAUCCCCAAUGCCGGAGCACAAGUUGGUGCCAGUUAUCGCUGACCCUCUGCAGGAUCUUAUGGUCACAAUAUCCCUGCUUCGUUCCAUCCAUGUGCCCAAUACCGUGCAGGCUUACCACGUUUUUUGGCUGGACAUUCGUAUGCUUUCGUCGCAGGCUCCACAUCCGGAUUCAGCGUGCACUUCCUUGGACUGCAGCCAUUAUUUUGAUGCAUGUGGCAUUCACCAUGUUGUGUUUAUGAACGAACCUGCAAUCUGUGGGGACCGCAUCGUUGUCCCCUAUUGCACAUACACAGACAACAACACAUGGAGGCAGCAGAUGUUCAUACAAGUGGUAGAUUGGAGGAAAGGACAGGUGGAGUGCCAUCCUGUAGGGCAUGAUGUUCAAAGUCGGUCUCAUCAACACAAUUUCCAUCUUAUAGACCGACAGACAUUUGUUGUCAUCGACUUGGAAAAUUCUAUAAGCUUGUAUACAUUUCAAGGGUUUGGAGGGCCCCCUCAGCGCCGAAUCGUCUACUGCUUUCCGAUCUGCAGCUCUGUACGUCGUCCAUCGUGUGUUGUUCACACUACUCCGUUGCUUCAAGGCACGGCAGUCCGCCCAGACCUUAUGCCCAGCUACGUACCCACUCUGGAGUCCCAAAUUAUGGUCUUGGAGAUGUUCCUUCCCGUAUUGCCCAUUAUUUUGGUCAUCGACAUGGCUAUUUUUUCAGAAAAUGCUCUUCAUUCAGAGGCGCUUAUCACGAUGCCCUGGUCAGACUGGGGACCACAUCAUACGCGCUGCUUUCCCCAUGACCCAAGCCACCGAAUCAGUGUUUUCGGCAGCAGAAUGGCCUACGCUCUUCCUCGAUAUCGGACCCCCACUGCUGGACAUAGAAUGGAAGCGCUAUCUACCGACGGUCGCUUCUACGUACAUAUAUGGGACUUCAAUGAAAGAGUCAUUGCCCGCUCCAAAAGCACCUCUGACUCCAACUCACUAGACCAUCUGAUCCGCAAGCCUCCUUGGCUCGCUCAUAUGUGUUACAACAGUAACUUUAACUCGAACCAUUCCUACGCUACAACCGUCUGCCAUGCAUCCUUUCCGACGCGUGACUUUGCGGGGUUAUUCUUGGAACAGGAUAGGCUUACCUUGACAUGGGUUCGACCUGACGUGGUCGAUAUUCAGGUUGUUUCCCCCCAAGUUGUACCAGAGACGAAGGUUCUUAGCUGUUGGCUCAGAGAUUCUAUCAAACUCAUCAUGGAUUUUUGGGAUCGGUGGCCGUUGUGUGUUAUGUCUUACUUCCGAUAAUAACUAUGAGUCAUCCGACUCCUUGAAAAUGGGUAAGGUGUUCGUAGUAGUCGUGGGUACAGUGAUAGCCAAGUUUAGUGCACAUUCAAGUUGGCUGUAGUCACGAACGGGAUUUCAAUCAUACUUACUCGGGGUCAUGAG